GUCGUUAUUCAGUUGUGUAAGUCAAGUACCUAGAUAAUAUUACAAUCGGCCAUCCAUGAUCCGUCUAUCGCGAUAUCGUUCCUAAUUUGACCGAAUAACGAGUAAAAUAUGAUGUGGUUUAAAUGCAGUAACUUGGUGUUUUUGUUGCUAUUUUCUUCACUUCAAAUUAGUUUCGGAUUAACAGACGAAGAAAUUAAACUGAAUUUUAUAAGAGAUGUUUUGAAGUAUUACUACAGACCGUCUGUCGUUAUUGCAUCUGUUUGUUGGGAUUCAAAGUUGAAAAUGAACUUGACGAAAAGCCUCGGAAACUUGGAAAAAUCGAUUCUUAUAAAAUUCUACGAUGAGGAAACACUGUUCACUCGUCUAUUGCCAGAGCAUCAUGUCGUGUUCUUGGUAGAUGCUUCGUGCAACUCUACAAAGUACAUUUUGGAAAAGGCCAAUAAUAAUACGAAAUUUCGUCGCCCUUUUCAUUGGUUCAUCCUAAAUAAAGACGGAGGCGAAACCAUACCAACAGAAAUUGAAACCCUUGAUUUGUUGCCCGAUGCUGAAGUGGCUAUUGUAAACCGCAUUCGAAACAACUCUUAUGUUUUGUACCUCGUGUACAAAAUCAGUUCCAAAAGCGUGUGGCGUACAGAGUACUACGGGGAGUGGAGCAUGUACACUGGUUUCCACAAAGCCACCACCCUGGGGACCUCCACGGCCAUGAGGCGACGAGACCUGGAGCGAUACGUCAUGCCGAUCGCUUACGUCAUCACCAAUCCUGAUUCUAUCAAUCAUUUUGUCGAUAGAGGUGACGGUGAAAUAGACACGUUAUCAAAAGUAAAUUACCACACGACAAAUAACAUUCUGUACUUCAUGAAUGCCAGAAGACGGUUCAAGAUAACCAACACUUGGGGAUAUGAGGUCAAUGGCACUUGGACUGGCCUUACUGGAUUUAUGGUUAGGAAGGAGAUUGAGUUUGGAGGCACCCCCCUAUUUCUGACAGCCGAGCGUAUCUCAGUGAUAGACUACCUCGCCUGCCCUACGCUGACACUCUCCAAGUUUGUGUUCAAGCAGCCGAAUCUCUCGUAUGGCAACAACCUGUUCCUGCUCUCGUUCCAAACGGCGGUGUGGUACAGUUCCCUGCUGUUGGUUUGCGUCUUCUUCUUGGUGCUUUUUGUGGUCGCGUUUUGCGAGUGGAACGAAAAGGGUGCUGAUUAUUUGGAGAGACAAAAGGACGCUAGCAUACUGCGUGCGAAGAUGGCAGAUGUUGUGAUUCUAGUGCUAGGAGCAGCGUGUCAGCAAGGUAGCUCUGUUGAGCUAAGAGGUUUUUCCGGCCGCUUCGUGAUCUUCGUUUUAUUCCUGGCACUCAUGUUCCUGUACACCUCGUACUCGGCCAACAUCGUGGCGCUGCUGCAGUCCAGCUCCUCACAGAUCCAGACGCUGGAGGACUUGCUCAACUCACGCAUGAAGUGUGGCUGUCACGACACGGUCUACAAUCGGCAUUAUUUUUCGACUGCAACAGAGCCGGUCAGAAAGGCGAUUUACCAGAAGAAGGUAGCUCCAGCUGGCUCCAAGCCCCAGUUUCUGUCCAUGGAGGAAGGAGUCAAGAAUAUGCAAAAGGGUCUGUACGCAUUUCACAUGGAAACCGGUGUGGGCUACAAGUUCGUGGCGAAGUUUUUCCUCGAGAGUGAGAAGUGUGGCCUGAAGGAGAUCCAGUACCUGCAGGCAUUCGACCCCUGGUCAGCCUCUAGGAAACACUCGCCUUAUAGGGAGAUCUUCAAAUUGGCGUAAG